AUGACCGCCACCGCAGAUAGUGUUUUCCUUGCCCGUUCGGAGGGUAUUUCAGCUGAAGGAGUACGCGACCAGUACGCCGAUGGAAAGGCGGCCAAGGUUUGGGAGAUUUUCAUCGGUGACAAGAACUCGCGUACUGACAACUACAAGAAUUUUUUGGUUGACCUCCUCCGCCAGAAAGGCUGCAAGCGUCUGUUGGAUGUGGCUUGUGGUACAGGCGUCGAUUCAAUCAUGCUUCUGGAAGAAGGGUUCGAGUUGGUGUCCGUCGAUGCUUCCGACAAAAUGCUGAAGUACGCUCUUAAGGAGCGUUGGAACCGCCGUAAAGAGCCUGCCUUUGAUAACUGGAUUAUCGAAGAGGCCAACUGGUUGACUCUUUAUGAUGACAUACAAGAUCAUAUUAAGGACGGCUUUGAUGCGGUUAUUUGCCUUGGAAACUCCUUUGCACAUCUGAUGGACAGUUUUGGCGACCAGCGCGGACAUAAGCAGGCCAUCACCAACUUCCAGAAGUGCCUAAAGCCGGGUGGUGUUCUUUUGAUAGACCAUCGCAACUACGAUAACAUCCUGGAGACAGGUUCCACUCCAGCAAAGAGUCUUUACUACAACACAAGCCAUACCGCCGACAUCAAAACAUCCGUUUUGUUUUACUGCGGAAAACCUACCCUGGUAUCGAUGGACUACCUCAUUGAAGGCAACAAACUGUCCAGCGAGUUCCGCCUCUCCUAUUAUCCGCACGAGCUGAAGAGGUUCACUGAAAUGCUUUUGGAGAUAUUUGGCGCCCAAGCGAAGCAUAAAUUGUAUGGUGAUUUCAAGGACAUGAGCCUUGUACAGAACCCUGCUUUUUAUAUCCACCUGGUGGAAAGGAUUAGGUCUUAAGUAACCAUUUCGUUUUGAAAUAUAUAUAUAUACAUACACACACACAAAAUACAAAA